CGGUGACCAGUUUAGUUCUGCUUGGCAUUCGGACCACACGAGAGAUCAUGUGACAGAGAAGACAAGAUAGGACACACCUCGGAUCCAGGAUCUGACAAUCGGAUACGAUCGGAUCGGACUCGAAUAACCCAGGUGCCUGUGAACUCGUUAAUUCGAUCAAUUGACAAGUGUUCGUUGUACAUCCGAAAGGAGCAAUGUAGAAAGAUCGAUUGACUCGUUUACGCUAAUCCCAGGUGUAAGUAAAGUGAUCGAAUCGUUGCUCCGAUUUUCCACGUUCGAUCCAGCUGAUCAAGGAUGACCACUUUUAAAGACUCCUACUACCACCGAGUGGAUACGUAACACACGUGUACUCCGUCUGAAUCAACAAACUCAGGAACGCGUAAAAACACCGCACCGGUCCCUCUGGCAUACGUUAACACGAUCAGGAAAGAGGGAAAGAAGGAAAUAAAGGAAAGGAGGAAAAGGUUGGCUGAUUCUCCGACGGUGCGCACUCGCGGCCGUAAAUGACACUUGUGAAAUCAACGCACACAUUUUCACCGCUUCGAGCGAGGAACAGCACCGAGGAGGGUCGUUGACAGCGUACAGUGUACGAUAAAUAUACCGGUUCGAAGCGUGUGCUGUUCCGUGGUAGCCUUUCAGGAAGAAGAGCACGCGACUCCUACCUGUCGCGUGUGAACGAUUUCCGAACAUUUCCGCUUCUACGACUGUUAUUCCCGCUGGAUAUUUAAAGGGUCAAGAUAUGAGGUCGACCGUUCGGCGGUAGACGAUCUAAGAAUACCGCGAGUGGAACGUUGAACCGGGCUUCCUUUCUUUCCACGUGUCCACGCGGACAGAUAAAUCAAGAAAACUUUCUUCCUACGGCGAGAAGAGCAGUUUGGUUAAGUAUGUCGGGAGACACGACGUCCGACGAGGAGGGCUCCCAAGAGGAUAGCCCGCGAUACGACAUCGACGAUCUAGAAAUCAUCAAGACCAUAGGCACGGGUACAUUCGGUAGAGUGGUAUUAUGCAGGCAUCAAGGUACACCGAUGGCUUUAAAGAUUCUAUCGAUGGUGGACGUGAUCAGGUUGAAACAAGUGGAGCACGUGCGAAACGAGAUCACCGUCCUGAAAGAAGUGAAGCAUCCCUUUAUCGUAAACAUGCUCUGGAGCGGAAGGGACGAGGCGAGGGUGUACAUGCUGCUGGAGUUUGUCGCCGGUGGCGAGCUCUUCUCUUACUUGAGAGCAGCCGGCAGAUUUUCCGGGCCCACCAGCUGCUUCUACGCGGCCGAAAUCGUCUGCGCGUUGGAAUACCUUCACAGCAAACACAUCGUUUACAGAGAUCUCAAGCCCGAGAACCUUCUGUUGGAUAGCCAGGGUCAUCUAAAAAUCACCGACUUUGGCUUCUCCAAGAAGCUAACCGACAGAACAUGGACUUUGUGCGGCACGCCUGAAUAUUUGGCACCGGAGAUAAUUCAGAGCAAAGGACACAAUAAGGCCGUCGAUUGGUGGGCAUUGGGCGUUCUUAUCUACGAAAUGUUGGCCGGUUUUCCGCCAUUUUUCGACGACAAUCCUUUUGGCAUCUACGAGAAGAUUCUCAGCGGAAGAAUCGAGUGGCCAAAACACAUGGAUCCGAUCGCCAAGGAUCUAAUAAAAAAACUUUUGAUCGCCGACAGAACGAAAAGGCUGGGAAACAUGAGGCAAGGUGCCGACGAUGUGAAAAGGCACCGUUGGUUCAAAUUAGUCGAAUGGCCGAUGGUACCUCAGAGAGCUUUGAAUCCUCCGAUACAACCACGAGUAAAGGCACCAGGUGACCCCAGUUGUUUCGACGAUUACCCGGAAACCGACUGGCGUUCGCAACCCCCUUUGCCACCGGAACAAUUAGCCCUCUUUCAAGACUUCUGAAAAAUAACAUUUCUAUACGUUGCCUCGACGAUACGGUUCAACGAUCGUUAUUGUACCAGAUUCUGGCUGACGUAAAUUCGUCUUUGGAAACGAGAUUAGGAUAACAAACGAUCGUUGAGAAGGUUAUUGGUUGAUUUUAACAACCCGCAGAUGUGUACAGAAGCGUGCUUUGAACAUUACUUCUGCUCCCCACUUUUUUCUCACCUUGUACAUAGCUGUCUUUUUUUUCUAUUUUCUCGUCGUUUAUUUAUUGAUACCGAUUGUAUAGAGUAGACGUAUUUCUUCGUUGUUUUACAUUGUAAAUAAAUAAGUGAAAGAAGAACGGAUCGAAGGAUCGAAA